AUGCCUAACCAAACUCUAGUGUUUGCUUCAGGUGGGGUGGAGCCCGUCCCCGGGGUCUCGCACCUGCAAGAGUUACCCGAGCCCCAUUUGUUGGUAAGUAGUAAUAAGAAACACUAGUGUAAAUGGUUCGCUUAAGUGGCUCCUUUAACGAUGGUAUGAAAUGUUUUGCUUUCAAAAAAAUAUCAUCAUUCAUUUUUUCAUUUCCUUUUUAAUCCUUUUUUACUUUAGGGGAUUUCUUUUCACGGGUUUGUGUGGGUGUUGGCUUAUGAAUAAAAUAAAACAAAAUAAACGUAUAAUCAUGCUUUAUAGUAAUUACACAAUAUAUUUGUUUGAACUGUUUCAGGUAGAGGGGGAAACAGGCCUUUCAAGUGCAGAAACAACUUGUAGUGAGUUAUCGUCUGAUGACCUUGCAACUGAACUGAAGAGGCUGGAGAUAUCGUCAAGAGGGCGGGAUGAUGAGACGUUCCUCAGUCCGGAUACCGGAAGUCUUGUUUCUUCCACGAGUGACGAGGCCCCAACCACUAUGCAAGAACCUCGCAAAAAGUUGAACGAAUAUCUGGUUUCGAAGAACAUCCCGCCAAUAACUCAGCCCUGGAUGGAAUGGGAUAAAGCUGGAGAGAGCACUAAGAAGAGAUACACCAAAAGGACAGUGGAGAUCUUUUCUUCAGUCCUACAAGAUCUUACACCUAAUUAUGCAGGUUCUCUUUGGCAAGCGGUCGUCUCGUCCCCUGCCAUGAACAAAGCUCUUAAACUCGAUGAAUUAUCACAAACGUCCAAGAAUUAUCUUCAGGCCUUAGCAGAGGCAUAUGGUAAAGCUCAAGGGUGGGAGACAAGAAGGCAGAUCUUCUCUAUGAUGUCAAGCGUUGCCAGCUUCAAUAAUAUUUCAAGAUUUAUACCAGGCUUAACUAGAUAUCGCUAUAGCUUGGCCAGCCUGCAUCGCUUACAGUACGGUAGCGGGGCUCCCACAACGCACCACCCUUCGCCGAGGAUAAAGGCGCUUGCAACCUUGACGCCGAGGUUGUGGCGAGGGAAAUGCGACGCGCCCGUGGAGCAGAUGGUGUGCGACUUUUCCAGUCCUCAGAAUUCCUAACCAGCUUGCAGAUUGCGUCCUUCUUCUCAAGGCAAAGCGCUACACUACGGCAAAAGGAUCCAGCAGAUGAAGCGGAUAUCCGGGCAUCUCAAGAGGAGGCUAACUUUAGUGCAGCGAAGGAGUUCGUUGAAACCAUUCAGCUCAACCAUCCUCUGGUAUACGAUCAGUACAACCUGUGUGAAAUGGCGCUCAGUGGUAGCUUGAAAGUUCUCAAGCUACCGAUGCUUCAGCGUUUGUGCGAGGAUCUCUGCCUUGAUGCACCUGUCCUGCCUGUGCGCAAGAAGGCUUCAUACUUGGCACUCUUAGAGGAAAUAACCAAAAAGUGGACAUGCCGAAAGUAACUCUUUUAUUAAUAGCUUCCUGGAAGUGUUUUAGCGACAACCAGUUUGAUAAAACGGGUUGAAAACGGGGAGAAGGGGUACUCCCAAAAAAAUUGCCAAGGUUCUAGUUGUACCUUUUACAACCUCGUUCCCAGGUUCUCUCUCUUAGGUUGGUACGGCUAUCGCCUAGAGUUUAAAAUUCUAAAACGACCGCAGCUGUAGCAGUACCUAUGAAAAUGAAGGGAACUGUUUUGGGGUUGAACUAAAGCCACUUACGUAAUGAGAAU